AACCAGGCUGGAGACCUGCUGCUCGGAUCCAGCUGAACAGAAUCGGCGAAGAGCAGGAGAGGUAGCGCAGGAGCGCUACUUGGACCAGUGACUUAACGUUGUGUCCAACGCGCUUGCGAAUCCAGAGCAGCCGGGCGUAUGAGCGCUUCGUUUUUGCCAGUGGAUCUUACAACUGCGUGUGUCUUCUCUGGAGGAUUUGUGUACAUUUUCUAUUGUUUUCUUCCUCUUUAUUUUCAUUACCCGGCUUUAUAGGGAAGCAUCCUAUACCUGCCUGCUCUCUUACCUAACAACUGACCACCCAGUUUCCUACCCGAAAUCAUCCCACUCCCAUCGCCCCCACCCUUUCCCUCCUCCCCUAACCUCAGCCCUGAACCCCUUCAUAUUACAGCUGAACACUGAAGUCGGGAGGAUCAGUCUAUUGCCCACAGUACUUCAUGGGGCUCCCUUCUUUGCCCGGAAAAUGUUUUUUACUUCGCGUCUGAGCUCGCCGCUGUCACCGCUCGCGCUAGGAUCGGAGUUUCUGGUGAAUGUCUGCAGUUUCUACCCGCGUCGCUUGUGUUUUCGGGGGACGCAGCUGAACUGAGAUGGGUUUCUCGGUGGCAGUGCUACAGCAGCCUACACGCCCGCAGCAGUGGAGCAGGACUCUGGGAGACUGGGUUUUGAUCGCGGUGGUAUCAUUUCUCGCGACUUUACCUGUACAGCAACUUCGCGCUUUCCCCUCUUCCCUGAGCGAUUGUCAAACGCCUACAGGCUGGAACUGCUCCGGUUUCGAUGACCGGGACACGGAUCUCUUCCUGUGCGCCACCAACACUUGCAAGUUCGACGGGGAAUGUUUGAGAAUCGGGGACACCGUCACGUGCAUCUGCGACUUCAAGUGCAACAAUGACUACGUCCCCGUGUGUGGCUCCAACAACGAGAACUACCAGAACGAGUGCUAUCUGCGCAAGGACUCGUGCAAGCUGCAGACAGAGGUGCUGGUGGUCUCGGAGGGAUCCUGCCCUGUCGAUGCUGGAUCUGGCUCUGGGGAUGACGGUGGAGAGGGUUCUGCUGAGACCAGCCAGAAGGAGUCGUCCACCUGCGACAUCUGCCAGUUUGGAGCCGAGUGUGACGAGGACGCGGAGGAUGUGUGGUGCGUGUGCAACAUCGACUGCUCCCACAUCAGCUUCAACCCUGUCUGCGCAUCCGACGGCAAGUCCUACGACAACCCCUGCCAGGUGAAGGAGGCCUCCUGCCAAAAGCAGGAGAGGAUCGAAGUCAAGUACCUGGGCCACUGCCAAGGCGACAUGACCACCGGUUCCAAGUCUGGAGAUGGCCACUACCCCAGGAAAGACUACACAGAGGAGAAGCCAGACAAGAUGGGCGAGGUGGCCAUCGGCCUCUACAUCCCCUGUCCUGAGCACUACAAGAACUACUGCAUCCACGGAGAUUGCGAGUAUCCCAACAGCCUAUCGCUUCCGUCCUGCAGCUGCCACUCUGGGUUCAGCGGGCCGCAGUGCGAUACGAAGGAGUACAACGUGUUGUACGUGGUGCCCGGUUCCGGAAAGCUCCGCUACGUCCUGAUCGCCUCCAUCAUCGGCGCUGUUCAGGUGGCCAUCAUCUGUGUGGUGGUGCUCUGUAUCACGAGGAAGUGCCCCAGGACCAAUAGGAUUAACCGGCAGAAACAGAACGCCACCCACUACAGCUCAGAGAACACGAUGCGCGCCUCCACCAGGCUGAUCUGAGGAGUCCUGGGAACAGCGAGCACGAGACGGGCGGACCGACCGCCCCACCCACCCCCUCCCGAACGCCACCCCCCUCCGCCUCCCCCCCCCCCCCCCCCCAGCCCAGACACUGUGGACUGACCCAUGAGGACGGGGGGGGAAGGGGGGCGAGAGGCAGGGGCGGCACAUCGAGGGGGAGGUGGGGGUGGCAGGAACUCCACACGUUGCCUUGCGUUUGUGGUAUACGACACCAAUGAAGACAUGACGAUAUUACAACUAUAUUUGGUU